UUGAUCGACAAUAGGUCUUUGCAGAAAAUGCGAUACUUCUGGAUGUUGGAUGAAAAGUGGAUGGAAGAAUGAAAACACUAGCGUGUGGAGGAAAGUGACCUAUAAGCUAUAAUUAAUUUGCGCAACAGCAACAACAAGUGAUCAAAAGCGUGAGUCCUUGCUGUGGUGGUCGUCCGUGUUAGGGUCCGGUUAGUUGGUCACAAGCAUCCACCUAAGACGGUUGCGCUAGCUUCUUGCGCCGGAAGAAUGUGAUCGAUACGCGUGCGGAAGUUUUGUGUGUGUGCUCUAUAGCAAUAAUGUCUACAGUGCCCCCGGUAGUUGAUACUACCGAUUCUGGUGUUAUUCGUGGCAAUGUGGCAGCCGCCGUCUUUGCCGUGCGAAAUGCAACGGUGGAUGAGGAAGAGGUCUACCGAAAGCUGUUCAGUAGUGAUCCUCCGUGGCAUGAAGGUGGAGAUGAUGCUGGUGGACAGAACAGCAAAGGCUUUCUGAACAGCACGCUAAUUCGUGAACAUCCGGGAGAUAUUCGGUCAUCUUCGCGAGCGCGUGAAACUGACAGCUUAUCAUCUUCAUUGAUCGGUACCGGUGCUAGUGAUGACGACUAUAAGGGUGGUCUGUUGGCAGUGGUGGAUGAUGCGGAGCCCGCGUCCAUCUCCAGUCGGCCGAGUGACUCGAGCCGCGGUUUCCAGAACACAUUCACCGUGCUCGAACGGCACCUGCAGAGCAAGCAUUUCCAGUUCCGCCAGCUGCGGCGAUUCCUACAGUACAACGAGUCGAGCCAGACGCCAGUAUUUUGUAACGUGCCGCCAUCCUUAAACGAUAGUUCAAACUACUUAAGAAGUAUUAGCGAGGAAAGUGGUAGCUCGUCUACCGUCACCAGUAUCUCCUCGGAGGCGGAAGGAACAUCGCCGAAUCAGAUCAGGAGAUCCUCCGACAGUGGAGCUAAAACGCUCUUUCAUAACAGCAGCGACGAGGAAAAUGAUCGGCCCAGUUUUCUGGAGCUGGAGCUGGAAGCCUCCGAUCGGUUGCGAAGAUUACGGGAGCGAUUAGGUGGCAGUGUACCGGAUCUUCAACGAUCGUGUGAAUCGAUAGACUCACCGCUCGUUAAAGCCCUGUACGGUGUCAGCUUGGAAUCGUUGGCAAAGCAAAACACCGAUCGCGUACAUCCCGACCCGUCAGUUUUUAUCGAAGAAGAGGACAAACGGAGCCUGUCGGGAGAGUACCCCGACUAUCCGUACUAUGUCGCACGAGGAUCCAACGGACUGGCCUAUCUAAAAGUGGUACACAACACCUCCUCCGGUUCGGGGACAGCAGGCGAGAAAGUCCUAUGCGGUAACCGAGUGAGCCAAAUGACCCGCGCGUACGAUGACAUAGAUGCUGUAACGCGCCUGCUGGAAGAGAAGGAAAAGGACCUCGAGCUGACGGUACAGAUUGGCAAGGAGCUACUAGCGCAGAAUACGCACCUCGAGAACCGGGUCGCCGAGCUGGAGCAGGAGCUAAAAACUACGAACGAAAACCGGGCGCAGCUCUCGCACGAGCUGCAUCAGAAGAUCGAGCUGAUCGGGAUACUGACGAACGAUGCCGACGACACCAGUGAGAAUGUCACACCGACGGCAUCGAAGUCGAUCAACCUGGAGCUGCUGCAGCGGAAGGUUAAGCAAUUGGAGGACGAAAACAAAUCCUUACGCACCGAAACCGCCCAGCUAGUGAAAGAAACGGACGAGUGCGAGGAGCAGGAACGCAGGCUGAUGGCGGAUAUCGCGAACCAGCUCACCACGGCCAACAGCGAGUUUGAUGGUUUAAAUUUGGAACUCGAACGACUGAAGGAGGAGAACCGACUGCAGCAUGAACAGAUCAUUAGUCUUACAGGGCGGCUCGCGGAGGCAGAGAUUCGACUGCAUCAGAUGACAUCAGAGAACGAGGAGGCAUCCUCGCUGCUAAGCAUCACCAAAGAAAAUCAAAACCUCCUGGCGGGUGAACUGGCUGAAUUUAAACUACGCUACCAGGAAGUGUUAAACCUGCUACAGGAAACCCAAGAACAACUUCGCCGUCAACGCAAACGCUCCCAACCGCUCGCACGCAGCUCACUUAUUCCCGGUAUUACGGGAAUGGCCGCCGCACCGGAUUCGCUACAAUCGGAGCUGAUGGAAACAUCCCUGUACUCGGAGCACAGUCUCGAUUCGGGUAUUGAUUCGGUGCGAGGCGGUGGUCUCGGUGGUGGUUCCAUGAUGGGUGGCCUAAUGUCUGGUUCGGGAGCACAGCAACAACUACCCGGCUAUCGGAAGGUGUUUGAAACCGUGCGCUCUGCUAGUCGUGCAAAUCCGAACGGAUUCAGUGAUAGUUUCUCGCAGCUCGGUUCGAUGACGAUGAGUUCCUCCUCGCAGCCACGCAUGGCACCGUACGUGUAUCCCGGACUGGGUGGUACUGCCGGUAAUGGUAGCGGCAAUGCCGGAAUAAUGACAAUGACCCAUUCGUACAAGAGCGGUUCUUCCGUGUACAGCACAAUGUACGGCGGUGGCAGUUCACUCGGUGGCCGGUCUUACUCACGCGAAAGUCUUACUGCCGAUUCUGACGAUGGUUAUCCAGGCCCUGCACAAACGGGCAUCCCGGGUGCGCCGGGUGCGAAGGAUCUGGAGGCGGCGCUGAAACGUCUUACACCAGCGGAAGUUCUUGCUAGGCGCGCGAUGUUGCAACACGCACCGCUGGGCACGUACAGCUACGACGAGCAACCGACGGGCAUACCGCUUGGAUGCCGCACACCGGACAGUAUUAUGUCGACCGGUUCGUCCGGACUUUCGGGGCUUUCGUCAUCGGCAACGGGUAGCGGUAAUGGUCAGUGGCGUCUUCCAGAGAAGCUGCAGAUUGUGAAACCGAUCGAGGGUUCGCAAACGCUUCACCACUGGUCCCGGCUGGCAACGCCAACGCUGAGCGGUCUGCUCGAGGAGCGUCCCGGCGUCACGAUACGGGGUGGACGCGGGCUGGACGAACUCGGCCUGCAGACAUACUCGCUGUCGGACGUCGAAGAGGAUGAAGAUACCGAAGACCACCCCGGAAAGCGGUUCCAAUCGUUCGGCUGCACGUACACGUACACCAACAGCACCGUACUACAUCCGGACGACGGUACGACGGCAGUCACCUUCAGCUUGCCGCCUUCGCAAAUGUCCUCCCAGAUGACGUCAGAGUGUCCAACGCGGCAACCGACCGCUCCUUCGACACCACGCUCCAGCCUGUCGCGUCGCAAUUCCUGCUCGACGUUCAGCGUAAACAUGGGACUGGCGUCAAUGUUGAACGAACGAGGCAUCAAAGCGGUUACACCCAGUGCACUUAAUACGCCCGCCGGGCCCAACUUUUCACCGACGGUUACACCCUGCAAUAGUCCCGAUGGCUCACCUACUCGUUCUAUGUCACCAGAACCACCAUUGCUAUCCGGGCUACUAGCGUCGACCGCUGACAUCUUACGCAAACGAUUCACGGCCUCUACCGGUAGCGCGGCCCAUGGUUCCGCCACUGAUCCAGCAGAUCGGCCUUCGAGAAUCAUAUCCCGCAACAAGGUCGCUCUGUCGCGGCUCGAAAAGAAGGCGCUGCGCUCCAUCAAGAUCAUGGAGAAGGUUGAGAGUAUCGGGCUGGAAAACAUAAUGCUACCACCCCAGCAUCCACCGGGCAUCAGUCCGCUUGCCCUGCACGGUACAUCCGCGCUCUACACUGCGGCUGCAACCGGUCGUGGUCGCAGCCCAAUGGCACAGCUGACCAGUCUGAAGCACCUCCGUAAACAGCAGCAACACCAGGACGACCUCGUAACGAUCGAUAAGGAAACGAUCAAAGCCGUACUGACAAAGGGUUUGUCGCACGAUAGCCUUAAGAGUAUGGCUUCCUCGUCCGGUGCUAGCAGCGGUAUUAGUACGGCCAUGUCCUCCGAUUCCGACAGCUCGUCCGUCGCCAGCUUCGACUCGGAACCCCGUACGAAGGAAACGAUGGGUAGUUCGGUGGCUGCUACAGCCUCUCCAACGACAGCGGCACGACUGAAGCAGAUGCAGCGACAAAAAUCACGCCGCAAUCUACUAAAUGGUGCCAACGGUGGGUCCCAGCGGCCUGAUUUGGGCACAGUGAACGGUUCCAAUCGGCCCGGUGUGCGACCCGACCUUGGCACGGUGGCUAACAAACCAACAGCAAAGGCUGCUAGUGGUGGAAGCGGUAAGGACGGUCGUAAGAACCAACAGCAACAAUUAGCAGCAGCAGCACCAUCGUCGACGACGGCACCACAAACAACGGCCAAGGAGGAAAGUCGUUCGCUUGGCCAGAGCGUGUACGGUACGAUUAGUUCGCUGUUGUUUGGACGCAAAGGUGGUUUGCUGUAAUUAGGCGCUAACCACUAGUGAGCUAGUGAGAACGCAAGGACCAGAUCCAGAUCCGGGUUGAAGUUAUUUUGGGUAGUUAUAUCCAGUUCGUUUCAUCAUGGUCGCCCCCACACGUCGUUUAUCCACCUUUAUUCAUUUCUUUGCUGUAUCAUUUUAACAACCGAUUGUUUCCUAUUUAAAUAGUAUCCACACGUAACUUAAGCUCCCUUAUUUCUACCGAGUUUUAGUAGAUCCGUUACAUAAAUAUUACGCACACAUACAAACAAGUUCUUAACGAAGCAUUAAUUCUUAGUUUCACUCACCGGAAAACAUUCUUCAUUUUGUGCUUUAUAAUUUCCGCUCUAAAUGUUUCUUCACUUUGGAAAAAAGGAAAAUACGAACUUCAACAUCCAAACCGCCCAAGCUACCAUUUUUACCUCCCUACAUUGAUUGUAAGCACCAAAAGAUUCAGUAAGUUUCAUCGCAUUCUCGAACACCAUUGCGCGCUGUCCUACCCGUCAUUUGAUAGAAGUUUCAGUAUUCUGUAAGAUACAUGGUGCUUUCGUUUCAUGCUGCUCCUGCAGAAGAGUAUUAGCAGCUUCAAGUAGAAUCGAACAUUCCGGCGUGUCCAGUAAAAUACGAUGCCACCGAGAACUGAACCGCCCGCAAGGGGGUGGUAUGUUAUGUAGUGUACAGAAAGCAAGAAUAAUAAUCCUCCGCUUUUCGAAGAAUUAGGCUCCUUGUGGACAUAUGUCCUGUUACAAAAGAUUUUAUUUUGCAUACAUAACCUUUACAUGCCGUAUAUUGUAGUAGGACUAAUUUGUCAAUUCUUCAACGCGACUUCACACCCAAAUCCCGAUUCUCCCUCGCCAACGAGAUAUGUUCUACACUCAAAACAAACACAAACAGUUAGAGAUGAUGAAUGGCGAUAAUUUUGGCUUUUCGAUGCUUACUAUAAGGGCAGAAAAUUGGUAGUGACUGGCGGCACAUCACAAAUACUUCUGAGUAGAAAACAUCACACGUAGAAUGUUCUAAAAAAGACUAACAAAAGUAAGGCGUAAAAUUAGCAGAUUUUAUUUUUUAUAUCACCACCUAAUUAUUUUAUUUUUCUAGUCCAAUCAACAACGAAUACUUUCACUUCUCUAUCAUAAAUACAUUGUUAUCGUAAUCACCUUCCUUCCCAACGCAAUACGGUAACUCCAAUUGAUCGAAUUACUUAAACAUUUCUCACACACCAUUCGUUUCUGUCCGGUUCCGAACCUUUCCCCAAAUCAUCUGGAAAAGCUCGUGCAAACCCAUUGAUGGACGGAAUCAAUUGUAAAGAGAACAUUCACUAUCAGUUAAUGCGAGAUAAAGAUAUUGGCUACCGCUACUAUUCUUUUCCAUCUUUAUCUCUUCAUGUGUUGCAGUGGCUUGAAUUGACUGGCCUAGUUACUAUUUUCCAUCCUCCUCUCCGUGAGGCUGAGAGUAUAUUAGUUCUCUCAGUGUAACUUUACUGCACACGCUGUAUAACAACAUCAAUUUCUGAAAUAUAUCGGCACGCGAUAUAGCUUUUUUGUAAAACGUAAACUGCUGCAUCUUUUAACUGCUUAAGCGAAAUAGAUCCAUCUCCCGAAAGGAAAGUAUUGCGCAUGGAAAGGAGAAGUAGUGUAAUAUUUCAACAACUAUCAUCUAAAAUCUACAUCUACAUCUUACACACUAAUGCUUCCUUUCAUUCAUGUUAUUAAAUUCAUUUGAGUGGAAGAGCACGAGAGAGAGAUAGCGAGACAGAUCUAGCAAGCCGAUAGUUACUUUAUCCUUUUUUUCUUCUUGUGUUGGUGCUUAAACAAGGUUAGUAGAUAGGCAAAAGGAACAAAAACAAGGGAAAAUGCAAAAAUUACAGUUGGAGAGUUUUUUAGUGCGUGUAGCAGCUUACAACCUGCCCGAAGCAUGGGUAGGGCUUAUAAUUAGAGGACGUCACACUAUGAACAACUUGCUUUCGCAGGGUCUUAUUCUAUUAUUCUUUACUUCUUUUUUAAUUGAAAACCAGAAAUACGUGCACCAGUAAAAAGGUGGUUAAAGGGUAACGUGAAAUACGAGGCACAAUACCAUGUCCGAAUAUCGGAGUAGUUUUUUGUAUUGUUUCGAUUUAUUUCUCUAGAAGGUGCUGUGAAAGGUGAAGAAGACACUUAUCGAAGGAGACGUUAAACGAAUGCAAAGGCUAUGUGAUGAGAGUACGAUGGGUAGCAUGGAAUGUUGAAUCAACAUCGGUUUUGUUGCUAAGGCGAUAGAAAGCAGAGAGGCCUUUCGUUAGUUUGUGUUUUUGUGCUGAACAGUUUGUUAUGGACGAUGAUGUGUAAAUAGAGCAAAUAUAGUGAAGGCUAAUACACCCAAGAGACAAGGAAGUUCGCGCGUACACGUGCUAAACAUGGUGGAUAAGAUGAAAUAAACACACACACAUACUAUAAAGUGCAGGAUGUUUUAGAGGGAAAUCUGAAGAAUAAAAAACAUUCAAGUUUGCUGCUGCUAUUGUAGAUAAUUAAUAAACUAGAGGAAACAAAAAGGAAACAAUUCACAAACUUAGAAAGCUAAUGGAAAGCGCGCAUAAUAUGAAAACGCACCGUGUUUGGGUCGCACCACUCUUACACACAUGUUGUAAGUUGUGGGCCGAUAGAAGUGGAACGGUUUGUUGUUGCAACACACAACUCCUCCAUUUGCAGAAUAGCUGUAACGAGAGAAAGUUAAGUAUUUAUUUUUAUAUAGAUCGAAAUGGCAAAAUAAAGAUAUGAAAUGAUCAUGAAAUUACGAUGUAUUCAAACUUAAAAUGCAGCUAGAUUAUACAACAUUUCAGAACAGUGAAAGAAAUUCCAAUUGCGGUUGCACACAGUGGUUGAAUGGCAGAAAAAUGUUAUGCGCGCAUGGUGUAUUCCUUCGGGUUAUUUGAAAAAAAAAAUAAUAAACAAGGAUCUCCAAUUGCAACUUUAAAACUUACAAAAAUGAGAAAGUGUACUGUACUGUUAAUUACAUGGAUAGCUUGUUUAAUAACGGAGCGGGUAGAUCGUGUUGUAGAGAUGAUGCAAGCAUUUCUGGCCCAAGUCAUUCGAACUUCUUCCUCGUUUAAAAAAGAGACCGAACUGUUACAGUA